AUGUCAGCCACUACAAUUCUAGAGCAUAUUGCGUUGGAUAGACUUUCAGAUAAUGAGUUUAGAUCUCAAUAUCUUCCGGGAUGGAUGGGUAAUAUUGGUUUGAUUGCUUAUGGAGGAUGUACAUUGGCGAUCGGAGUCUCAGCUGCGUGCCAAACAGUUAAGGAUGGCUACCAUCUCUAUUCUGCCAGUGGUAACUAUCUAGGUCCUGCUCAGACAGAUCGCAAAUAUUACUGCAACGUGACCCGAAUUAGAGAUACGCGAACCUUCGCAACACGGUACGUCCAAGUUAGUCAGGUACUUGACGAUGGCACGCGACGACAUUGUUUGAGUAUGUUAGCAGACUUUCAGGUGCAAGAACCAGGAACCAUGCUGUCAUACUCAGUGCCUCCAUCAAAGAAAUAUCCAAGCCCGUUGGAAGGAAAAACCCUCGACGAGUAUAAGGCCGAGUUGGUACAAAAUAACGUUGUCUCACAAGCCGCAUGUGAUGCGCAAACUAAAACGUUUGCAAUGAUGGCUCGUACCUUUGAGAAUCGCAUAGUCCCAGAGAGCAUGAUACACCAGAAGUUGUUCGGGAUGGCCAAGAACUUGACGACGAUGCAAGACAGUCUUCCGCUGACGUCACGGACCACAGCAGAAUGGCUACGCGCGCGAGGUGGUCCUCUGAAAACGCAGGCAGAGAAUGUAUCUGCGCUAGCUUUCAACAUUGACAGUGCGUUGUCGUUUCUGCCUCUAGUUCACGACCAUAUGGCCUUGAACGACGCUGGGCCUUGCUCAAGCUUAGAUUUUGCCAUCCGAAUAUUCUCAAACUCGGUAGAUUUAAACGAGUGGCAUCUUAAGGAAAUGAAGACAUAUCAUGGAAGCAAUGGCCGUACGUAUAGUGAGGCAAGGUUGUGGGAUCAGGAUCUAAAUUUAGUCGCUGGCAAGGAACAAUAUCUUAUGUCUACUGUCUCUAAGAGAAGUAGCGGGAGUCAACAACAGUCUGGUCCACCAAAGAAGAAGGUUGAGGUUACUUCGACUAUCGGCGCUGCUGGGCCAUCGACAUACAGAACAGCGGUACCUCCACCACCUCCGCCACCACCAAGGGAUCCGGAAGUCUUACCGGACGCUCAACUGAUAGACGACUCUGAUUCAUCCGACUCGAAUUCUGAUUCCGGAAGCGAGAAUCUCUUUGACGGCGAUAUGGCGCGACCGAAAGUCAAUCCACCUGAACCCUUUGAGGGGGAGCGAUCCAAAUAUGAAGCUUUUAGGUCCCAGCUUGGGGUUUACAUUUAUUGGAACCAGGAUAAACUCGACUCUGAGGAAAAGAAAGUCAUAUGUGCCGUUUCCUAUUUAAGGGGAAGUGCAUACACUUGGAUCCAGAGACGGGUUGAUCAAUAUAUCUUGAAGAAAGGAGAUGUUCCGCACGAUGUCAAAAGGAUCUUCCAGAGUUACUCAGUAUUCAUGGGAGAAAUGGAUCAGUACUUCCAGCGAGUUAACGAGGCCUAUCUGGCCGAGAAGAAAUUAUUGGAACUACGACAGAAGUCAGACGCAAGUUCCUAUGCGGUCGAAUUUGAGAAAUGGGCGGCGAUUCUGAAAUGGAACGACGAUGCACUUCGUACCAAGUUUUUCGCAGGACUUAAGCCAGAAGUUAAAGCUCAAUUACGGCUUAGGGAAAAAGAAAUAUCUACCCUUACCGAACUUAUUGAAUCAGCGAUUAGGGUCGAUUCCAUCCUAUUUGAAAACAAGCUCGAUAAACAGGGAAAGACGCCCAGACACCAACCUAAUCACGGGAGACCACGACGCUCUACUGAUUACUAUGGACCACAGCCUAUGGAGAUAGAUAAACUCCAGAAAGGCGAACAAGCCCCGAAAAAGCCCAAGAAUUUCAAGAAAAACAUGGGAAAUUGUUUCAAGUGUGGCCAACCAGGACAUUUUGCUCGAAGCUGUCCAAAGCCCAAGAAACAGUCCAUCAAGACUCUAGGAACUGGUGUGCAGACACGAAAGAUCGCGAUGCUUAAGAGAAACUCUCAUGAUGCUUACCGAUGGGGACCAAAUCAAAAUACAGGACCGCGGGACGAGACUGUGAUCCAGGGGAUUUUGGAACGACAUCCCGAUGUUCAGACGAACAUGGCUCACAAAUUCCAUUGGGCACUACCGAUUAGUCAUUGCAAAAUCCAGGACUGCGGAUUCUGGGAGCAUAGUGAAAAUAAGGAUCCAGGAGAACCAUCAUGGGAAUAUCCUUAUGGACCACCUAAGGUUUCUUUUACGCAAGUACGACGGAUACUCCAGAUCGAGGGUAUUAAAGGAAAUGAUCGCCAUGUACACCAUGAGCAUCUUCCAGUCAAUCUCUGCACAGCUUGGGGUUGUCAGUGUCCAAGACACCGUGUACCAGUGAUGCAAUGGGGAAUUAUCGAUGAAAAUCACCCAUCAAUUGAUGCUGGAUCAUCACCGCGGGGAAUCCAAAGUACGAUUGGAAAUCUUGACCCUGAAGAGAACGAGAUGAUGGAAAAUGUCUACAAAUGCAUCAUAAAACUCAUCUACAUGACAGAUGAUUCAAUAAGAAGGGCUAUUAUAUGGGUUUUGCCUAAGGACCCAUAUCGAAUUGGAUUUCAGAUGAACGCAGAUCCAGACUCUGAAGAUCCACAGAAGUCAUAUCGACUAAACCUGUAA